AUGCUAUCCUCAAGGAACGUUCUUCUCAGUUUUAUGAUUUGUCACAAAUUUGUCAAAGCCAGACAACAAAUAUGUGAUUUUCACUUGAUCAUCCGGAUCAGGUAUCUUACAUAACAAAUCAAGAAUAAUUUCUGGAUUGCCUGUAGAAAUCCAGUUUUGCAUACCUUUAAUUGUAGUGAUCUAUUCAGCCCAACCCCCAUCAAAAGGUGGGUGGGACCAACAGGGAAGCCCUAUGUAUUUGACCUUUUUCUGUAUUUUGUGGCUAGCAGCUGCAACCAGAGACUGCAGUGGCCUCCUGCCCAGUUAUACAAAGGUUUCAGUUGAAUAUACAGUACUAAGACCAGGAAUGUUUGCCCUCGGUGCAGCUGUACAGAUAUACAAUAAACCGAGUUGCAUCAUGUUAUGCAAGCGUGAGACAACCUUUCCCAUUGUGAAUUAACUUUGCGUGACUGAUUUGUUGUAGGUGAAAAGUCUCACGAAAGGCAGAGUAAGUGUUUUUCUAUUUGCAGUAGGGAGUGUCUGCUACAGAUAAGCUGUUCUCUCAGAAGGUGGAGCUUCUGAGCUUUUAUAACCCUGAGCCACACAAGUUCGGGGCUCACUCUGCUUGAGAAGAACUUCCACUAGUUCAGGACUUGCAGCAGGUUAGUAUUCUAAGGUAGAUGAUUGCUUUGGAGAGUCAUUGCUCAAGAGCAACACCCUGGACAGAGGAGUAGUGCAGGGACAAUUUCCAAAGACCUCACCUCUGCCCAAAGGUUUUCUUCUUCUUACCCGCAGAGUACUAAAGGUUUGUGGGUUGGGGAGGGGGGAUACUGUAAUCCUCAGACCUGUAAUCCUCAGAACAGAGACAUUUCCCUUUGGACAGGCCAAAGGCAGGAGCUGGGCAGUGGGCAGAGUUCUAAAAAUAAUAUGGGGUUGGUCUUUGUUGCACCUCAGAGGAAAAAGAAAUCUUGGGUAAGAAUGGAAGAGAAAUUAGAUUCAUUUUUAAAAUAUUAACUCACCAAAUUUCAUUUCCGAAAAACAUAGCUAUCCCUUGAAAUUUGACUGCAGUUCUCCAGCCAAACAAUGUGUAAAAACACAUAUGGUGAGGUAAAAUGUGCAUAUAAAUGCAUAUAUUAUUGAAAGGAAUGUAGAAAAUGGGUGUGGUUAUCCAGGGUUGAGGAGGGUGUAGAUGCCAUCCAACUGUCUUAGGGACUCCACUCUGGAUUUGCUUAGGGUUUACUCCUUAGCCUUUUCUUCUUCCUAGGAUAUCCCACAAGGCAAUGGAGGUUUAGGGUCAGAGGCUACCUCCUCCUAGAUGGGUUACCUUCCCAGAUUGAUGAGCCCCACCUGCCCCUCACUUCCCUCUACAGCAUGUGCAGAAACCGCCUUCUUGACCCUUGGACCCACUGUUGGUCUCAUCCCUCAACCUGCCAGAGCCUGUCCUUGCGUAGAGGGGAGGUGCCUAACUCACAUGGGUUUGAGACCCACCAGCUAUCCUUACCUGGUUUAGCCAGCCAGUCAAAGAGGUGGUGCUUCAGAUGUGAUUCAUCACUACAAAGUCCCAUCAUCCCUGGCGGCUGGCCAUGCUGGAAAGCUAUGUGCCCAGACUUGCCUGAGGAGAUGAGAGGCAGCUGAUGGCAAUGGCAAUGGUGCAAGUACGAGGGGGAAGUUACAAUUUUGUGGCUCUGGGAACAUGGACCAUGGCUGUCCAAGAGGGGGUGAUAGUCAUAUAUUAUGGGUAGGCAAACUAAGGCCCGGGGCCUGGAUCCGGCCCAAUUGCCUUCUAAAUCCGGCCCACGGAUGGUCCGGGAAUCAACAUGUUUUUACACGAGUAAAAUGUGUCACUUUAUUUAAAAUGCAUCUCUGGGUUAUUUGUGGGGCAUAGGAAUUCAUUCAUAUUUUUUUUUCAAAAUAUAGUCCGGCCCCCCACAAGGUCUGAGGGACAGUGGACCUGCCCCCUGCCGAAAAAGUUUGCUGACCCCUGUCAUAGAUUGUUGUGGUUUUUUAAACUCUUGCUUCCUAUUUUAUCUGUGCAAUAAUAUGCUACAUCUGCUUGUGCUCCAUGAUUAUGAAAAAGAGUUUGUUAAAAAAAAUAAACCAGAAGGCUUUAUUUAGUAUGAAAUCUUUUCUUGCUGUAAGCAAUCACAAGAGCACCAUAUUGAACAGUUGUCCUGCUCUGCAGUGGUUUCCCUAUCAAACAUGACCUCGCAAUCUCUCUCUCUGUCUCUCAUCAUAACAGGAAAGCAAACACUUAGGAACAUGGCUGGGAAACCUAAGCUUUACUACUUCAAUGGAAGAGGCCGAAUGGAAAGCAUAAGGUGGCUGUUGGCUGCAGCAGGAGUCGAGGUUUGUUUGUCUUCUCUGACAAAGCACCUUUCCCCCACCCCCAAAAAAGAAUCAAGGGAACUGUUGUUUUUCCAGCAUUCUUAUAUUUCAGACAGUUUCCAAAUUUGGGUCCAGCAUUAUCAUUUGUGAGUGAGGUGCCUGCUUCAGGCGGGGGAUUUUAUCUAUCCUGGAAGGGGCAGCUAAUUGAUGAGUUAUCUUCAUUCAUUAUUAUUGUACUUCUGCUGCUAAGUAGGGGGGGAGGAGACAUGAUUGUGUGGACAGGCGGAGUCACCCAAACCCUGGGCGGCCCCCGUGUGGAAUAACGACUCAAGACAACGUGCUAUGGGAUUAAAAUUGGCCACAACUUUAUUAUGUUUCAGAUGUGGGUAGACCUUGGCUCAGGCAUUGGACGUUUAUCCCUCUCAGUCCCCCACCAGGGAUCUGGGGAACAUCAGGGUUAUCCAGUGGGGGGGGGGAUGGGCUGGCUCUGGAGAACAUAUGUUCAAGCAGAGAGAGCCUGCCCCUGUUACACUGCCGUCGCAAGGAAAGCAAUGACAACCUCCAGGCGUACGGCCGAAGCCUCCCCUCAAACAACCCCUUUAACGGGGAACCCUGGUAUCGCCGUCGCAAAGAGAAGGGGGGCAUGAGUCACUGCUGCACGCCCCCCCCAUUUAGCGAAGAUAGACUAAAGGAUUCCGCCCAAGGCCUGAUACCACCAAAGUUGUGACGCUUUGCUAUGGGAAAGGCAAACCUGCCAAUGCAGGAGAAUUCCUUUCCGACCCUUCAACAGCGACCUUGACAUAGUAGCACCUGCAUACCUGUGAAGAAAAGGUUAACCUGCAAAAGAAGUCUUAACUGAUGGUGGGUAGGGUGGGAGAAGCUCUGGAGCCAACUGACAAUUCCCAUGUAAGAUCCUCCCCCUACUGUGUGGGCAGGUGGUCCCUCGACCUAACUGGCCUGAUCACCUUGGCAACGCCUCCCCAGGCGGGAUUGGGCAACUGGCUGAGGUAGGCGGAGAUCUCCAGGUGUCCCACCUGGGGAAGGACAAGCCAAGCCUGUGCUAAUGGUGCCACAUAGGGGCCAGGGGGCUUCACGUGACCACACAAAGGGCACCCCCCAUUUAAUGUGGGGAGCGGUCAUUGUGGGAUUUACUGCUUCAAGUGCUAAAAUGAUAUGACUAGCCUGUAGUACUUGAUUUGUGCAUGGGAAACAUUUGUUGUUCUGUCCCAGACAGAGAAGAUUAUUGGGUGGGCUGGACCGGAAUUCAGCUGUGAAAGGGGAGUUGUCAUCAAAUUUUGAAAACUUGAAAGGCCCCGUGUCAUUUUUGGAGCCUGAAAUUAUUUCAUGAGACCCUUGAAAUAUUCUACCUCUUUUAUUUUUUAGUUUGAAGAACAAUUAAUUGAGACCAAAGAAUAUCUAGAAAAAUUAAAGCAUGGUGAGUAUGUUAUCUGAGUAUCAGUGGGACUGUCUUCUAGUACAGUAAAGCCUUAUAGUCUUCAUACCAGGGGUUUUCAAAGUGGACUUGUUUCUCCAGUUCUGCAUUGUGCACACUUUCAGGCAGGAAUAUGUGUCAAUACACAGUUGUGAUCUAGUUAUAUUGCAUUUUUUCUCUCUUCUUUUAAAGAAAAGAGUUUUCCAGAUACCCACAACACAUACCACUCAACUCUGCAUUGUGCAGAAUGGUUUGCUUGUUUUUUAGCUGGAGAACAGAAGUAGCUUAAAUAACAUACAAAACUAGUUUCCAAUGUGUGAUUGCUGUACUAUUUUAGCACAUGUUCUGCAAAAGGGUUUUGAGGGGAAAGCAGAGGCAAACAUGAUUAUCGCAAAGGCUCAAUGUAAAAGUAAAGUCUCAAAAUCAAAGCAUGGCUUGGGAGAUGCUCCUGAAAAUUUACUUUCCAUAGUAAUUACCUGGGAGGAUGGACUGAUUUUUCAUCUUCCUUUCACAAGGUGGAGACCUGCUCUUUCAGCAAGUGCCCAUGGUGGAAAUGGAUGGGAUGAAGAUGGUGCAGAGCCGAGCUAUUCUCAACUACAUUGCCGCCAAAUAUAAUCUCUCUGGGAAGGACGUGAAGCAGAGAGCAUGGUACUGUAACAUUCCUUUAAGUUUGGUUACUAAAUGCAUACUUUGGUUUGCUGUACAUGAUAUAACAUCAUCUCUGGUCUGUCAUAUGAUCUACUGAUGAGUUAUGAGUCAGCAUGUUUCAUCUCUACUGUCAGAUUGGGCAAGAAAGGGUCCAAUAUGAGGUAAUUUAACCUCUCAGUCCCAGCAAAGUUCAUGUGCACUGGUUCAUUUGAAAUCAAUGAAUUUUCAUGUAAUCCCAAUAGGAGAUUGGGAGGUCAUUGUCCCUUCCCAAUGUUUUUUUUUGGGGGGGGGGUUCAUGCAAAUGUAUAAAAUUGAUUUUUGAUAUAAGGCUUUCUUUAUAAAAGGUCUAACUGGUGAAGAUCACUAUACUGGAAAGCACAUUAUAGGGGCUUUUGUUGCAUAGAAAGAGGCUUUUUCCAGGGAAAAUGCCCUUUCUCCAACAUACAGGAUCAUUGUACUUGUUUUUCUGCUGGGUCAUCACACAUUUUUGCCUGUGACACUACCGCCCAAUUCCUCCACAGGGUUUUGGCUCUGCAUUAUCAUAAUUAGUACUAUUGCUGCUGCUGCUACCACUACUGUUUUUCUUAUUAUUACCUGAGUAUGAGAGAAGGAAACACUUUCUCUUUCAAAUAGGAUUGAUAUGUAUUGCGAAGGUGCUAUGGAUCUGAAUGAAUUGAUAAUGAUGCUUCCCUUCAAGCCAGCUGACAGCAAGGAGAAAGAGUUUGCAAACAUUAUUGAAAAAGCCACCACCAGAUACUUUCCAGUCUUUGAAAAGGUAUGGGGCGAAGGAAACUUACAAACCUUUUAACACAACAAAGUUGGCAGCUGGUAAUGUUGAUAGGACUGCUUGGCUCAUCAGAAAUCAUUUCCUUAUUCCUUGUAUUUUCCAAGCUUCUGAGCUAAAAGUAAAAAAAGUAAAACAUGAAUCACACACAGUGUUCGUUUACCAUGUGAACUUUGAUCUCAGACUCUGCCCUGCCUUAUUGAAACAUGAUAAGCAGUGGUUUGGGAAGAGGGAAUGUAAUGAUCAAGCUUCUCUUUCUUAGCCAGCAGUUUGUUAGAAGACAUGAAUCAGAACUGAUACAAAUACUCUUGAUCUCCUGAUACAAUAUAAUCUGGGCGCGUGAUAUUCAAAAGUGGUUCAGAUAUACUGUAGAGUCUCCAUUUUGUGUAUGUACCUGAAGUACUCUUCAAACAUUUCCUGCUCUAUAGGUCCUCAAAGAUCAUGGACAAAAUUACCUGGUAGGAAAUCAGCUCAGCAGAGCAGAUAUUCAAUUGCUUGAAACCAUUUUAAUGGCAGAAGAGCUGAAGGCUGAUAUUCUCUCCAAAUUCCCUCUUUUAAAGGUAAGCAUGCUUACUGAAGCAUAAGCAAAGUUCUAGUAUGGCACUUUUAUUCUUUGCAUAUCUAAAACACCAUUGUCUCUGGAUUUCUAUUGCACAAAGUCUAAAUCACACAGGAGGCCCACAUUCAUGGAUAAGCCUUCUGUGAAUUAAAUUUAGACAUAAACAGGUAACCUACCUACGAUUAUAGACCUGCAAUGGAGCUUGAAUAUUGACCUCCCUUUCCAAAUGUGCAUGCCUGAAAUAACUGGGUUUAGUGUACGUAUAAAGUUUGAGUACAUAUAAAGUUUAUCACUUGUAGUUUCAUUAUUGACUAUGAAAUCAUAGUAACCGUAAGCGGCAAAUGAUUAUUUGGGGAUACCACCAUUUCUCCUUUUCUCUUCUAAAAUAUUUUGCGCUCUCUCUCUCUCUCUCUCUCUCUCUCUCAGGCCUUUAAAGAGAGAAUAAGCAACAUCCCGACAGUGAAGAAAUUUCUGCAGCCUGGUAGUCCAAGAAAACCACCAACAGAUGAAAAGACUGUUGAAAAGACAAGGAAAAUUUUCGCCUGA